CGCUGUGGCGCUGCUGCCAGCGCGCGGUGGGCUGGGUGCCGGUGCUUUUCAUCGCCUUCGUGGUCGCGUGGUCCUACUACGCGUACGUGGUGGAGCUGUGCGUGUUUACUAUUUCUGGAAAUGAAGAAAAUGGAAAGACCGUUGUUUACCUUGUGGCUUUCCAUCUGUUCUUUGUUAUGUUUGUAUGGUCCUAUUGGAUGACAAUUUUCACCUCUCCCGCUUCCCCCUCCAAAGAGUUCCACUUGUCCAGUUCUGAAAAGGAACGUUACGAAAAGGAAUUCAGCCAAGAAAGACAGCAGGACAUUCUGAGACGGGCAGCAAGAGCCUUACCCAUCUAUACCACAUCGCUCUCAAGAACCAUCAGAUACUGUGAAAAGUGUCAGUUGAUCAAACCUGACCGGGCACACCACUGCUCAGCAUGUGACACAUGUGUUCUUAAGAUGGAUCACCACUGUCCGUGGGUGAAUAACUGUGUGGGAUUUUCCAAUUACAAGUUCUUCCUGCUGUUUCUGCUAUACUCCCUGCUGUACUGCCUUUUCGUGGCUGUCACGGUUUUAGAGUACUUUAUGAAGUUCUGGACGAAUGAACUGACAGACACACGUGCAAAAUUCCACAUCCUCUUCCUCUUCUUCGUGUCUGCGAUGUUCUUCAUCAGCGUCCUCUCACUCUUCAGUUACCACUGCUGGCUCGUUGGAAAAAACAGAACAACGAUAGAAUCAUUCCGUGCACCAACAUUUUCAUAUGGACCAGAUGGAAAUGGUUUCUCUCUUGGAUGCAGUAAAAAUUGGAGACAAGUCUUUGGUGAUGAGAAGAAAUACUGGUUACUUCCAGUGUUUUCAAGCUUAGGUGAUGGCUGCAGCUUUCCAACUCGCCUUGUGGGGAUGGAUCCAGAGCAAGCUUCUGCUACAAGCCAAAAUGAGUUUGCCAGAAGUAUUAGCUCAAAUCAGCCUUUUCCUAUCAAACCACUUAGUGAAUCAAAAAACCGCUUGUUGGACAGUGACUCUCAGUGGCUAGACAAUGGAGCUGAAGAGGGCAUCGUCAGAUCAGGGACAAAUAACCAUGUUACAGUGGCAAUAGAAAAUUGAGUACCACUUGCUCAUAACUAACCAUUUGAGUAAGAACAAGGUAUAUGAAAACACAUUAUGGACUGUUAUUUUCAAUUUCAUUUGCAAACAGAUUAUUCAAUGGAAUGAAACAAAUGAAGUAUAACAGAAGGUAUAUUUUUUUAAAAGGAAGCCUUGGUCCAGGUCGCUGGACCCAUGAAGCACUACUCCAGAGCGGGAGGAUGCCUUAAUCUUGUGUCCAUGUGUGCAGCACUGACUCAAGCUACAGAAGUCACUCAGUUUGACUCUGGAAAUAACCAUGUUGCAAGAUGUUAUAAUAUGAGCUGUCAUACUUUAACAUGCGUAUCUAUUUUUUUGAUACCUGAGUUACAUCAUUGAGUUGUUUCUUAGUAUCCAUCAAACUUUCACUCAGAAACUUGUAUUAAGUCAAGUACGUCUCGGGCAGAUGGCUGCAGAAUACCCAGAUCACUGUUGCUUGUACUGUAUAAGGAAAAGAAACUGCUUUUUUUAAAUUGGGUAUUUGCUAGUUUAUAAUUACUGUUUUCUACUUUUCAACAUUUUUAAUAAAAUUUUUUUACUGGUGGCUUUAACACUCAGAGGGAUUCAUAUAUCUAGAUGAAGUCAUUCAGAAUAUAGAACACACUGGUGUAAUCAGGUGAAGGCUCAGCUGUGGGCAUGGCCACAACUGUGUUGUGUGCCCAAGGCUGGAUGGAAACUUGGCACUCUAAGAAGGAUUUGCAGUUCCUACUCCUUUUCAGUAACAUCCGUUUGAACUUUUGGGGUACAUAUAUAGCCAGGGAAGCAAGGGUGCAUGUGCUACAGGAUAUGGGGCCUGGAGGAAGGGGUAGAGGGGCUGGAGAGAAGCCGAGAGAGGCAGGGCCUUUGUGAGUGGUGAGAGGCCUUUGAGCACCGGGGAGUUAGAACUAAACAUGCUGUUGAGUUGGCUUUUCCGUCUUAAUUUGAGUGACAACGCAAAGCUACUUUGAAACUUUUGACAGUAAUCCUGUAACAGCUUAAACAGCAACUCAAAAUGCAAUUCAAACUAGGCAAAAAGUUGUUUGGAAUAAUAUGGUUCUCAGGAAGACAGUCUAAGCCUAGUGGUAGCUCUUGGAUACAGAAUCUUAAUCUGACUUUCUGACAGAGGCUCUUUCUGCUAGACACAAUCCUCUUUUUUUUUUAUU